AUGUCGUUUUUCGAAACUCUAGAGACACUCUUUGGAGUCCGGGAUUUAUACGAAGUAUUGCAUUUAACAAAAACAGCGUCUGAAUCCGAGAUAAAGCGAGCCUACCGAAAAAAGUCGCUUCAAGUUCAUCCAGAUCGAGCGAGUGAAGAAGAUAGAGAAGAAGCAACGAAGAGAUUUCAAUGUUUGGGUCAAGUUUACUCUGUUCUGUCCGAUCCAGACCGAAGAGCUGUUUAUGAUGAAAGCGGUGAAGUGGAAGACGAUAUCAUUGUACAAGAACGCGACUGGGAUGCUUACUGGAGGUUGCUGUUUAAGAAAAUUACCGUGGAGGAUAUUGCAGAAUUCGAGAAGCAAUACAAGGGCUCGGAAGAAGAGAUGAACGACCUCAAAGCCGCCUACUUAGACUAUGAAGGAGAUAUGGAUGCUAUCUUAGAGAAUGUUAUGUGUGCAACGGUAGAUGACGAUGAAAGGUUUAGAAAAGUCAUCAGGGAGCUAAUUUUGAAGGAAAAUCUUCCAAAAUUCCCAGCCUUUAUUAAUGAGGGUAAAAAGAAAAAGAGAGCUAGAAAAGAAAAAGUAAGUGAGCACAUCCCCCUCCCCCUUCUCGCCCCCUCCCACCAAAAAACGUUACCCUGAUUAAGAGNAUCAGGGAGCUAAUUUUGAAGGAAAAUCUUCCAAAAUUCCCAGCCUUUAUUAAUGAGGGUAAAAAGAAAAAGAGAGCUAGAAAAGAAAAAGUAAGUGAGCACAUCCCCCUCCCCCUUCUCGCCCCCUCCCACCAAAAAACGUUACCCUGAUUAAGAGGAAAUACUCACUUGUAUUAGAAAAAACCUUCAAUGUUAGUAGCCUGUGAAUGCAACCAUCUCUCCUCGCUUCUUGCCGCUAGGAAAGUUUCGCAGGAGAGAUGUCUGCGCGUCAGCAACAGAAAUUGCAUUUGCUGAUAACAUAAAUCAAUGUUGCAUAAUUAAUCCGGUAGUCAUGGAGUUCCAAAUGUGAAUUUUUGUGAUUUUAUGUUUCUCCUGGUCAAUUAUGGUUAACUUUUGUGUUCUUCUGUGUACAAGGCCUGGCAAAACUCAAACGCUUCUUCUAAAGAAUGAUAUAUCCCACGAAUUUUGACUGUUUUGUAGUAGACGUUGUGUUUAGAUCUGACCUUUGAGGCUUUUUGUCUCUUUUCUGUUAUUCAUAAAUAAUAGCAAAAACAAUAGAACUGCUAUUUGACCAACCAGAGCUCCUGAUCAGAUUCCAGACAGAUUUUGCAUCAUAUGUGUAGAGUUUCUGUUGCUGAGGAGCAGACAUGUUUGCUUUGAAAUAUCCCUAGAGGCAGGGAGGAAGGAGAGAUGGCUGUAUUUGCAGGCUACAAUGUUAGCUUCUGUUAAAAUUUCCAAAUGUGGCAUAAUUUAAAGAUUAUCUUGUGAUAAUUUUUGACACGAGUUUCCCCCACCCCACCUCAUCUCAGAGAAAUUAGUAAUUGGACUAUUGAUAUUGGAUUAUUGAUUAUUGAGUUAUAGGAUUAUAUGAUAAAGCAGGUUAUAUUUACAAGGCAGCUUGAAAGCCAGUGUGGACCUGCUACAGCAAUACACAAAGAUAAACGCACAUAGGUGUUGACCAAUGUAGACCACUCUAUGGGUGUAUACAUCCCCUUCUCUCUCAGUGAGGAUUCUGAUCCCUAAAAUGUGGGACCCCAUUGUAGUAACUCUGUUGAAAAUGUAACCCCAUUAUAGUCAAUUCAGUUGUGAAAAUGUGACCCCAUCCAGUGGCACACUCCCAUUAGCCUAUUUCUUGGAAGUAUACCCUUCCCCCCACCCCCACCCGGCUGGGGUUUCAUCCUACAAGAGCUUGUUAGAGCCUGCAACCAUAUUAGAACAUGUAACUUAUCUUGAUUUUUAGUAACUCGUCAUCAGCAUCAUAAAAGCAAGGGAUGGCACAGUGGUGAGAGUGCUCACCUCCCACCAAUGUGGCCCGGGUUCAAAUCCUGGAGUUGACGCCAUUUGUGCGUUGAGUUUGUUGUUGGUUCUUUCCAUUGCUCCAACAGGUUUUUCUCCGGGUACUCCGGUUUUCCCCUCUCCUCAAAAACGAGCAUUUCCUAAUUCUAAUUCGACCAGGAAUCAGGUAGAGGAAGGACCACUUUGUGGAUGUUCUACCUCCAAAUCAUUAUUAUCAUUAUUAUUAUUAAUCAUUAUUAAAAGCAGUUUGAAGAAUGUUGAUAUUAGUAAUUACUAAAAGGUAAAAAAGACUGUUUUUUCCCCUCAGGCUCAAAAAGAAGCUGCUGAAGCAGAGGAAAUGGCAAAGGAAUUUGGUCUUAAUGGCAACAGUUCAGAGGAUGGCUUAAAACAACUCAUACUGAAGCGACAAAGUGAAAGGCAGGGAGCUUUAGACGACAUGAUAGCAGGACUGGAAGCUAAAUAUUGCAAACCAAAGAAACCAAAAACAACUAAAGGAAAAAAGAAAUAA